CAGCCCUCCUGAUCUGAGCUUCAGGUUUUUGAUCAUGAUGCUUCUCGGGGUUUGACCAGCUCUGAUCCAGUCCUGCAGAUCUUCAGUGACAUGAGCUCCUCUCAUCAUGGCCAGAAACACUUCUCUCUACUUUCGCAUCGUCGAGGGACGCAAUCUGCCUGCAAAAGACGUUUCUGGGACCAGUGAUCCGUACUGCAUCAUCAAAGUGGACAAUGAGGUUGUGGCCAGAACCGCCACCGUCUGGAGAAACCUGAAUCCGUUCUGGGGCGAGGAAUACACCCUUCAUCUGCCGAUGGGCUUCCAUACGCUCACCUUUUACGUCAUGGAUGAAGACACGAUUGGUCAUGAUGAUGUGAUUGGUAAAAUCUCCCUGAGUAAAGACGUGAUCGCUGCUCAACACAAAGGUUUGGAUAACUGGCUGAAUCUGACGCGUGUGGAUCCGGAUGAAGAGGUUCAGGGUGAGAUUCAUUUGGCUCUGGAGCUGCACAGAGACGCUCAGAGAACCAGCCUGCACUGUCACGUCAUCGAGGCCCGUGAUUUGGCUCCGCGUGAUAUUUCCGGUACCUCUGAUCCGUUCACCAGAAUCAUCUACAACAACCUCAGCGCUGAGACAUCGAUCAUAAAGAAGACGCGGUUCCCGCACUGGGAUGAGACUCUUGAGUUGAGUUUGGAUGAAGGUGAUGAUGAUGAGGGUGGAAACGUGAUGGUGGAGGUCUGGGACUGGGACAUGGUGGGCAAGAAGUGUGUGUUGAAAGUGCUGUUAUGAAGCACACAGACACAUGAUGACUGACCGUCUCUCUCUGUUUUUCUGUGUUUCAGAGGUAAACUGGGUGCUCUGCGUCUGAAGGUGCGUUUGGCCGAGGAGAGGAUUCUUCCGUCUGUGUACUAUCAGCCUCUGAUUGAGCUGCUGGUGGAGGCCGUCAUCUCGCCGUCAGAGGACGAUUCAUCGUGCAGCCUUGGUUACCUGUACUUACUUUUUCCUAUGGAUGACACUCGUAGUAAAAUAUAUGCACAGAUGAUCAUUUCUGGUCGGGGUUUGUUCUGAUGGACUCUGGAGGAAGAAACACAUGGACUUGUUUUCUGUUUCUCCCCAACAGCAGAUCCAAACACACUCUUCCGGUCCAACUCACUGGCCUCCAAAGCCAUGGAGCAGUUCAUGAAGGCCAUCGGGAUGUUGUAUCUACACGAGGUUCUGAAGCCCAUUAUCAACCGCAUCUUUGAGGAAAGGAAAUACGUGGAGUUGGAUCCCUGCAAGAUAGACCUCAACCGCUCCAGACGAAUCUCGUUUAAAGGCUCGGCGUCGGAGGCCGAGGUCAGGGAGAGCAGCGUGGGGCUCCUGCAGACGUAUCUGAGCAGCAUCAUGGAGGCCAUCGUCAGCUCUGUCUCCCAGUGUCCUCCUGUGAUGAGAGUCGUCUUCAAACAGCUCCAUAAACGCGUGGAGGAACAGUUUCCAGAAGCCGAGAACGAGGAUGUGAAGUAUUUGGCCAUCAGCGGCUUUUUCUUCCUGCGUCUGUUUGCUCCUGCGAUUCUGACGCCCAAACUCUUCCAGCUGAGAGACCAUCACGCCGACACCAGGACCAGCAGAACUCUGCUGCUGCUCGCUAAGGCUCUUCAGAGCGUGGGGAACCUGGGCCUUCAGCUGGGUCAUGGGAAGGAGCAGUGGAUGACCCCUCUGCAUCCCAUCAUCCUUUGCAGCGUGGCGUCCGUCAAAGAUUUCCUGGACAAACUCAUAGACAUCGAUCACAGCAACGUGUCUGAAGCUCCGCAGCGCGCCGUGUUUUUGCCAUCGGUCAUCGUGAAGGAAGGUUUCCUGCAGAAACACAAAGCCGAAGGACCUCAGCUGCUCAAACGCUUCGCUUUUAAGAAACGAUAUUUCUGGCUGAGCUCAGAGACGCUGUCGUACGCCAAGAGCCCCGACUGGCAGGUUCGCUCCUCUAUUCCCAUAGCGCGUGUGUGUGCGGUGGAGCGCGUGGAUGAAAACGCCUUUCAGCUCCAGAACGUCAUGCAGGUCAUUACACAGGACACGGACGGACAACUACACACCACAUACCUGCAGUGCAAGAAUGUAAAUGAGCUCAAUCAGUGGCUGUCGGCCAUCAGGAAGGUCAGUAUUUAUAAUGAGCACAUGCUGCCGUCGUUUCACCCCGGAGCUCAUCGAGGAAACAAAUGGACCUGCUGCCUUCAGCCCGACCGCACAGCGUUGGGCUGCAGUCGGACUCAUUCGGCCGUGACUCUGGGCGACUGGAGCGACCCGUUAGAUCCUGAUGCUGAAACACAGAUCAUUUAUAAAGAGCUGCUGCAGGGCCGAGACAAACUCAGGAAGCAGUACCUGGAGACACAGGAAGUUGAGCCAGCAGAACAGGAAGAGCCGCUGAAGGCCAGUCAGCCGUCAUCAGUGUCUGCGCAGAGCCGAUCUGAGCGCGCUCGAGCCGUCGCCGCUCGUCUGCUGGACGUCGUGCUGGAUUUAGAACGAGCUCAUUCGACCUUCCAGAGCCGAGAGCCAGACGAGAGCCGUCCGCUCAUCCUGAGCUCAUAGAGAGCGUGAGAAACGCUCCAGAGUCACGUUCACCUGCCGUUACUGUUCUUCAGCUUCAGCGCUCAGGAACAAGAACUGUAAAAUCGAAUUAUGCAAUGUUUUGGAAGCAAACUUGAGUUAUUGAUGAAUGUCCGUGGAAAUGUCCAUUUUUACGUAUUUGUACUUAGAAGUGUUUUUAUCUUGAUGCUCUGAUUUGACUGAUUUGAUCACAGAUGCUUCUAAAAUCAGCCGUGUGUGUGUGUGAGAGUCUUACAGUCUGCAUGGCAUUACUGUACACUAAACAGCAUGAACACAU